AUGAAUGAAAAGGCAAGACUAACAAUAAAAACAAAAGCAAGCGGAAUAACCCGGACAGGUAGUGUUCUUAAAAUAGAUAUUGAUAAUGCUGCUAAUGGUCGAGAUUUAACUUAUUUAAUAGCAGAAGACAAUGUAAUUAAAUCAGGUGAUGAUAGUGUUGAUGCUGGAACUGAAGAAGUGGCAAAAAGGGUUGAAAAGUUGGUAGCACUGAAAAAAAAACAAACCAAGGACACUGCCACUAAUUUCUUUCAAAUAAGCAUUAAGGAAAUAAAACGUAAAGAUACAGCUCCUGAAAGUAGUGAACUUGAUAAUACUAUUAAUGCUAAUGCAAUUACGUUGGCUAAGGAUGCUUAUGUCAAUGGAGAUUUUGAUAUAAGCAAAAAUUUUGAUAUUUUUGACCACAAGAGAAAUGCUUAUGACAAUCCAGAUGAAAAAUAUGAGGCCGAGGUUGCUAAACUGGAUGAGUUAGAAACUUUACUUUCAACUCUAAAAACUGACUACGCUACUGAUUUAAAAACUGCGGCUAAUAUUCAGAUAGACAUAGAUAAACUUGAAAAAUAUAAAGACACUGCGGCAGCAACACCUGCUGGAACAGAAAUUGAAAGAGCAAUUUAUGAUUUAGACGCUUGGGGUGGUGGUAAAAUUUACAAAAGUCAGGUUGAGCAAAUUUUGAAGGCCAACGCCAAUGGAUUUGUUUUGGAAAAUACUCUUAGAUUAUUAGACAAUUUUGCUGGUACUGCAGUCACAAGAACCAUCACUAACUUAAAUGAUAUUAAAGAUGGUAAAUAUAAAGGUUUUGAUAUCACUGAGGGAGCCAAAGUAGGAGCGGCGGCUGAUAGUACUACCUUUAAUCCUACUAACUUAAAUAAAAAUGUACGUUCUCGGGAAAUUUUUGGCAAAAAUGCUGAAUCUGAUGGAACUCGUUAUAGAGUAAAAAUUAACAAUUUUCGGUUUAACAAUAGUAGCGAUAAAUACUUUGGUCACGCUAACUAUGCCGAAAUUUCUGACCGAAAAAAGCUACGGGGAUUUCAACCUGGCGACAUAAGGGCCAAUGGAACGCAUACAAUUCAUGGCACGACUGGUUUUAAUUAUGGUGAUGAUGGUACUAAAGUUGUUGUAACAACAGAAUAUAAUGAUGAUAAAACUCCUAAAACAAGUGACAAUACUACGUCUCAUGCUGAUUUAACUAAAAAAUGCUUUGAUAUUUUACAUUUGGCAACUGAUGGUACUGCUGAUAAUACUGAUGACAUUAUUCGAAUAGCUUUCACUAAUAAUAACUUUGCGGAGUUAAAACAUGAUAAUCCAACUACUGACCCAACUAAAUAUCAUGACCUACUAAAAAAGCAGAUUUUGCUGCUUGAAAAGCAAAAGUUCAAAAAUACCAAGCCACGGGCAAUAAUGAAGCGUAAUGAUUCUCCUACAGGAGGUUUUACAAAAGUUGCUGAAUUGGAAAAAGCCAUAAGUGAUAAUAAUGACAAUAAAAAUAUAAAGAAAAUCUAUGAGGAAUUUAAAAAGUUAAGUGAUAGCACAACCACUAAAAAAACGGAUAGUCUUUUUAAUGCCUUGGAUGCUCUAAUUAAGGAAUUGAGAAAAACUGGCCCAGGCGGAGACACUCCGAAGACUUGGAAAUCAAAUUUAAAUGCGGAUAAGGUGGCAGAUACAGAAAUAAAAAAAUUAACUGAUGCGAUAAAAUUAGCUGAAGAUGAAAUAAAGAAGGAAGGGGAUGCAGCGGUAACUGCUAUUGCCAUUAAAAAUCAGGAAAGCAUUAAAUUAGUCAACGAAAUUAAAAAAUUAUUUAAACUCUGCCAAGAGGCUCAUGAGGGGUUGGAAUGUGAUACGGUGAAAGAUGUAAAAGAUAAUGUUAAAGGUCUUGAUAAAGAUGAUAAAAGUCGACUCGAAGCCGCUGUGGCUCUUAAAAAGGAAACGAGUGAUGAAGGAAAAUUAUUUUACAAAAUAUUUAGUUUGGAAAGCACUUCUGAAUACAGCGAUAGCGAGGAUAAAUUAGAUGAGAGUUUAACAGAUAUUAAAAAGCAUAUUGAAGAGUUAGAAAAAUUAAUCAAGGCUAAGGAUACGGACACUAAUACAAUAGGUCAAAUUAAAAAGAAGUUGAAAGAGGUAGAAAGUGUAGAUUCUGAUUUUAAGGUUGACACCGUCUUGAGCAACUGGAAAAGUAAAUUAGAAGCACGAAAAACAGAGUUGCAAAAAAAGAAAGAUGAAAAAAAAGAUAAUACGGGAGGUGGCAAUAAACCAGAGAAGCCAUGGUGGAAAGAGUGA